UAAAAAAAACCCAAUGGCGUGUGUGUGAGGAAACUAUACUUCCUCUUUCAUGUGUGAUAGUUCUCUGGUUCAAUAAAAUCGGUUGCACUUUCUUGCCGGGACGAAAUAACCCCGUUGAUUAUUCUGCAACAAGGAUGCACGUUUCGUGUGCUGUGUUGCUUUUGGCCGUCCAGGUCCUCGGCAACUCUUCGGUUGUCUUAAACAAAGUUUGGGAAGAGUGGCAAAUCAAACAUCGCAAGGUUUAUGAUAAUCAGACUGAGAUCGUUUUCAGGAGAGCAGUGUGGGAGAAGAACAUGCAGUUGGUGUUGAGACACAACCAGCAGGCCUCAGCAGGCAAACACAACUUCACAAUGGGACUCAAUCAUCUGUCCGACAUGACAGCUGAGGAAGUCAACGAGAAGCUAAACGGCCUGAAGCUGGAGGAUCCUAUUCAUUUCAGAAAUGUGACUUUUAAGGAUGGGAGUGGCUUAUUGACACCUCAGAGUGUAGACUGGAGGAAGAACGGCCUCGUCAGUCCAGUCCAAAACCAGGGGUUGUGCGGGUCCUGCUGGGCCUUCAGCUCUUUAGGAGCUCUUGAGGGACAGAUGAAGAAGCGGACAGGUGUCCUCGUCCCCCUGAGUCCACAGAACCUGGUGGACUGCAGCAGCAACGAUGGGAAUCACGGCUGCAGAGGCGGAUACAUCUCUAAAUCCUUCAGCUACAUCAUCCGCAACCAAGGCGUAGACUCGGAGAGCUUUUACCCCUACAAACACCAGGACGGUAAAUGUCGGUAUUCUGUCAAGGGAAAGGCCGGCUACUGCUCUGAUUUACACAUCCUCCCAGAAGGAGAUGAGAAGACCCUGCAGGCUGUGGUGGCAUCAGUGGGGCCGGUCGCUGUGGCCGUGAACGCCAUGCUGCAAUCUUUUCAUCUCUACAGAGGAGGUUUAUACAACGUACCAAACUGCAACCCAAAGCUCAUAAAUCAUGCUGUCCUGGUUGUGGGCUAUGGCACAGACGGAGGACAAGACUUCUGGCUUGUGAAAAACAGUUGGGGCACUGCGUGGGGAGAAAAGGGCUUCAUUCGAAUUGCCAGAAACAAGAAUAACCUCUGUGGCAUUGCCAGCUUUGCAGUCUACCCUACGCUGUGAAAAAUGACAAGUUCUUCUUCUCCUGGAUCCGGAGAUGUUUGGAAGCUUGCGUCUCACCGUUGUCUGUGGCUUUGCAGCAGCCGCUGCCAUCACCAAUUCUGAACGGGAUUGACAUUGGCUGCUAUGGAAGAAGAUUCAUAAUAAAGUCUGUUCUCACCAGAUAACGCUAAGGUCUUAAAAACAAUGAAAUGAAUAGCCUGUAAAUCACAACAGAAUCUGGUUUAGGCAUAAAAUCUAAUUUUGAUUUGUUGUCUCUUCCUUGAUGAUUAAUGGAAUACUUUUGUAUUUUUUUUUUUUUUUUUUAACACUCAUUAUACUGUCUGUGUCUUCACCUCUUGGUAUCUGUUAAGGGUGACUCAUGAAUCAACUUGGGCAUCACAUGUGGUUAAUAUUAAUGGUGUGGUUAAUAUUAAUGGUGUGUUCCAGAUUGAGGAGUCUGGUCGCAGGCGGAUAUGGGAAGAGAACUUGGAAAUGAUUGAUGUCCAUAACCUUGAAGCCUCUCUGGGCUUGCACACCUAUGAGCUGGCAAUGAACCACCUGGGAGAUCUGACAACUGAGGAGAUCACUGGCAUGCUGAUGGGCACCACUGUGCCUUCUGACCUGGAGAGGGGUCCUUCAAACUUUGUCAGGCUCAACACCUCUCUACCAGCGUCACUGGACUGGAGGGAUAAAGGCCUGGUAACUGAGGUCAAAAUGCAGGGUUCUUGUGGCUCUUGUUAGGCCUUCAGUGCAGUUGGAGCUCUGGAAGGGCAACUCAAUAAGUCUACAGGCGUCCUGGUAUCCCUCAGUCCUCAGAACCUGGUGGAUUGUUCUGUGAAAGGCGGCAACGCAGGGUGUAAAGGUGGCUUCAUGUCAAAGGCCUUCCACUACGUCAUUACAAACCAAGGCAUAGAUUCUGACGCAGGCUACCCCUAUGUCGGCAAGUCUUCUCAGCGUGGUCAAUGCAAAUAUAACACUCAGCACUGGGCUGCUAAUUGAUCAGACUACGCCUUCAUACCGGAGGGGGAUGAGGUUGCAUUGAGGGAAGCUCUGGCUAGCAUCGGCCCCAUCGCUGUAGCUAUUGAUGCCUCCAAGUCAAAGUUCGUCUUCUACCGUCAUGGUGUGUACAGGGACCACACAUGCACCCACAAGGUGAACCAUGGAGUGCUGGUUGUGGGCUACGGCACUGAGAGACAGUACGACUACUGGCUGGUCAAAAACAGUUGGGGCGUGAAGUACGGGGAUGAAGGCUACAUCAAGAUGGCUCGAAACCGACACAGCCAGUGUGGCAUCGCUCGCUAUGCUUGUUACCCCAUCAUGUGAUCAGCAGAUGAACAUUUUUUGGAUGUACAUUUCUCAGCAGUAGUUGGGACAUUAUUUUAAAUAAAGUGUUUGAUGCUUUA